UUGCCAGUGGCGGCACCUGACUUGCUGGAUCCCAAAUCGGCCACUCAGAACUCCAAACCAAGACUGUCAUUUUCCACCAAGCCUACCGUGCUCUCUUCACGGGAGGAAAGUGAUUCGGCUAUCAAUGUUAUGAAAUGGAAGACGGUCUCAACAAUUUUUCUGGUAGUAGUCGUGUAUUUAAUAAUUGGAGCCACAGUAUUUAAAGCCCUGGAGCAGCCUCAUGAGACCUCCCAGAGAACCACCAUUGUCAUUCAGAAGCAGACAUUCGUAUCUCAGCAUUCCUGUGUGAAUGCGACAGAGCUCGAUGAACUGAUUCAGCAAGUAGUGGCAGCAAUAAAUGCAGGAAUCAUACCAUUAGGAAACACAUCUACUCAGAUCAGUCACUGGGACUUGGGAAGUUCCUUCUUCUUUGCUGGCACUGUUAUUACCACCAUAGGCUUUGGAAACAUCUCCCCACGCACACAAGGUGGAAAGAUAUUCUGUAUCAUUUAUGCCUUACUGGGAAUUCCUCUAUUUGGUUUUCUGUUGGCUGGUGUUGGAGAUCAACUAGGGACAAUCUUUGGAAAAGGAAUUGCCAAAGUGGAAGAUACCUUUGUUAAAUGGAAUGUGAGUCAAACAAAGAUUCGCAUAAUUUCAACAAUAAUAUUCAUACUGUUUGGCUGCGUGCUGUUUGUUGCUCUUCCUGCAGUUAUAUUCAAGCACAUAGAAGGCUGGAGCACACUAGAUGCAAUUUACUUUGUGGUUAUCACUUUAACUACCAUUGGAUUUGGUGACUAUGUUGCAGGGGGAUCAGAUAUUGAGUACCUAGAUUUUUAUAAGCCAGUGGUGUGGUUCUGGAUCCUCGUUGGGCUCGCUUACUUUGCAGCUGUCCUCAGCAUGAUUGGAGACUGGCUAAGAGUCAUAUCAAAAAAGACAAAAGAAGAGGUAGGGGAAUUCAGAGCCCAUGCUGCAGAGUGGACAGCCAAUGUCACCGCAGAGUUCAAAGAAACUCGAAGGCGCCUGAGCGUGGAGAUCUAUGACAAGUUCCAGCGGGCUACCUCUAUCAAAAGGAAGCUCUCUGCAGAACUCGCCGUCAACCACAACCAAGACCUGACUCCUUGCAAGAGAACCCUGUCAGUCAACCAUCUCACCAGUGAGAAGGACAUGUUGCCAGCCCUAACAAAGACAGACAGCAUUUAUAUGAAUGGUUUGACACCUCACUGUGCAGCAGAAGAGAUAGCUGUUAUUGAAAACAUUAAGUAG